AACAUAAAAAUAUGGGAUUACUCACCCUCAAUACCAAUCCCACUCUUUCAAUCCUUCAUACCAGACAGGGCCAGAGUCCAGGGAGGCAAAGCCGCUGAGGCGUCUUCUACACAUUUUCCAUGCUCUUUCAAUAUUCACGCGUGAAAGUAUCGGAUCCCCAAAGACACCCACCUUCAAUUAAACUUGUCGUGUGCUAUUAAUUUGGUGAUGAACCGCGUUUCUGUAAGUUGCUAUCUGCCUGUAGGAAAAAUUCCCUUCAUCUAAUCGCUUGUAGUAGUUAUAGCGAUCAUGGCGAUUCAAUUGGCAGCACCACCUUCUUUUGCCUUCACCAGAGAAACCAAGUAUUGAUAUGAUGUAUUCCUGAGUUUCAGAGGCGAAGAUACUCGCCACUCCUUCACUGUGAUUCUCUAUGAUGCUUUGCGCCGGAAGGGAAUCAACGCCUUCAUUGAUGACAAGAAGCUUGGCAAAGGGAAAAGGAUCUCACCCGCGCUUCUUAAAGCCAUUGAGAAAUCCAGGAUUUCGAUUAUUGUGUUCUCUAGGAACUAUGCUACUUCCACAUGGUGCCUGGAUGAACUCGCCCACAUCAUUCGGUGUAAGAAGGAGAAGAACCAGCUGGUUAUGCCCAUCUUUUAUAAAGUGAAUCCGAUGGAUGUUCAACAUCAGACAAAUAGCUUUGGAGAAGCCAUGGCUGCCCAUGAAAAUAGGUUCAGAAAUGAUAUGGAGAAAGUGCGCAAAUGGAGGUCUGCUUUGUCUGAAGCUGCUAGUCUGUCAUCGGCAUGGCUUUUUGAAGAUGGAAAUGAAUCCGGGUUUAUUGAAAGGAUCGUUGAAGAUGCAUUUGUCAUGCUACCUCCUAAACGCCUGCAUAGCAUUGAUUACAUCGUUGGACUUGAGUCCUGCAUAGAAGACGUGAUGUCACUUCUGGAUCAAUUAGAUGAUGGAGUUUGUAUCUUGGGGAUUCAUGGAACUGGUGGAAUUGGCAAAACAACUCUUCCCAAAGCUUUGUAUAAUUUAAUUUUCUACCAAUAUGAUGGUGCAUGUUUUCUAUUUGAUGUCACAGAAGCUUCAAAGCAAUACCAAGGCAUGGUUCAUCUCCAACAGACACUUCUAUCAGAGAUUCUUGAGGAAAGGAUGAAGUUGGGCAGUGUUGAUGAAGGAAUAUCUAAAAUAAAACACAGACUCUCUCACAAAAGAGUUCUUUUGGUUCUUGAUGAUGUUGAUGAGCUAGAACAGUUAGAAAAACUUGCUGGAAGCUCUAAAUGGUUUGGUUCUGGAAGCAAGGUUAUUAUAACCACAAGAAAUAAGCAAUUACUAAUUGCACAUCAUGUUGAAAAAACAUAUGAAAUGAAGAAGCUAAAUGAUCAUGAUGCUAUGGAACUUUUUUGUUGGCAUGCCUUCCAUAUGAACCAACCUCCAAAAUGCUAUCAAGAUAUGUCUGGUCGUUUAAUAAGUUAUGCACAGGGCCUUCCUUUGGCUUUAAGGGUAAUAGGUAGUAACUUGGCUCAAAAGAACAUUGAAGAAUGGAGAUUUACACUUGAACAAUAUGAAAGGAUCCCAGAAAAAACAAUUCAUGAGGUGCUAAAGAUAAGUUAUGAUUGCUUACAGGAUAUGGCUAAGAGUAUUUUCUUGGAUAUUGCUUGUUUCUUCAAGAAUAUGAUGAAAUAUAUUGAAGAAAUACCAGAGGCUUAUGAUUAUGGGGUCAGGUUUUUUAUUGAAGUGCUUGUUGAUAAAUCUCUUAUAACUGUUAGUAAUAAUGGCCGGUUUUGGAUGCAUGAUCUGGUACAAAAAAUGGGUAGAGAGAUUGUUAGGCAAGAGGCACCAUCAAAUCUAGGUAAACGCAGUAGACUGUGGUAUUAUGGAGAUGUUCUAAGGGUACUGCAUGAAAAUUUGGGAAGUAGUGAUAUUGAAGGAAUAAUGCUUGAUCCACCGCAACAAGAAGUGGAGUGGAAUGGUACUGCCUUUGAGAAUAUGAUUAAUCUCAGAAUUCUCAUUGUUCGAAAUGCCAAGUUUUCUACAGGUGCUAAAUAUUUUCCAAGUUGUUUAAGAUUGCUUGAUUGGGAUGGAUACCCUUCUAUGACUCUACCGCCAGAUUUUUAUCCUAAGAAAUUAGUUUGCUUCAAGUUAUGUGGUAGUCAUUUCAGACUGGGAGAGACAUUCAAGAGAUUUGAGUUUGUGACAUAUAUGGAUUUCUCUCGUUGUGAGUCCAUAACUGAAAUACCUGACUUGUCUCAAUUUCAAAAUUUGAAAAAAUUGUUGUUCAAUGAAUGCAACAAUUUGAUCAAGGUCCAUGAUUCUGUGGGAUCUCUUUCUAAGUUGGUUGAAUUAGAUGUUAGUGGUUGUCCCAAACUUAGAAGCUUUCCACGUGAAAUCAAUAUGGCAUCACUUGUAUCCCUUCAACUAAGUUACUGUAAGAAUCUUGACUGCUUUCCAAAUAUAGUGGGAAAGAUGGAUGCACUAAGGGAUAUUUUUGCAGUGGACACUGCUAUUAAAGAGCUCCCACAUUCCAUUGGAAAUCUUUCAGGGCUUCAAAUUUUUGAUAUGAGCUCUUGCAAAAGUCUUAGGGAGCUUCCAAAUAGCUUAUUCAUGCUGCAAAGUCUUAGCUGGCUUGAAUUGGGUGACACUCGAAGUUGCUGCAAAAAAUCAAUAAAGAAAUUAGAGCAGCAAAGCCUGCAAGUGAAUAGCUGCACCAACUUAGAGAUCUUGAAUCUUGAAAAUUGCUGUCUAUUGGAUGAAGAUCUUCGCCUCACUCUGAAUUGUUUUCAGAACUUGGAGAUUUUGGUUCUAUCCGGGAAUGAUUUUGUAUCCCUUCCCAACUGCAUUAAAGAGUGUGCUAAUUUGUUAAAUCUGGAAGUGAAUAACUGCAAGAAUCUAAGAGACAUAUCAGAGCUUCCAUUGAAGUUGGAGAUCAUCAAGGCAGAGAACUGCACAUCAUUAACUACAGAGUCAUCAAGUCGUUUAUGGUCUCAGGCAAUGAAGGAGAUCAAUGGCCUUGAAAUCCGCAUGCCUGCAACAUUGUUUCCAGAUUGGUUUGAUAAUUGCUGUGAAGGAAGGAGCUUGUCUUUUCAUGCUCGUGAGAAUUUCCCUGUUGUUGCCUUGGCAUUUGAGUUCGGGAAAGCAAAUGCAAAUGCAGGAUUGAAGAACUUCCGCCUUUGUUUGAACAUCAGAUCUUGUAAAAUAGAAAAGAAAAUUUUAAGUCAAAUGGUUUAUGCAAGUAGAGAAGGUCACGUGUUUUUAUUCAAUCCAAGAAGGGCUUUUGAGAGAGAAGAGUGGAUGAGCCUUAAUAGGUUUUUGAAAGGGGAUUGAAAUUAUGUGGAAAUAGAAGCCGUAUGUGACCCACCAGAUUUGUCGAUAAUAAAUUGUGGAGUUUAUGUCUACAAGCAGCAAACAAACAUGGAGAAUGUCCAGUUCAAGUCUCCUCUACUUUUCAUGGAUGCUUCAAGAACUUCAUUGAAACGGAGAGCUAUAGCUUCUCCUAAUAAACCAGCCAAGAAGUUCAACCAAGAAAUUUAUGAGGAAGUUCAAGGCAACUGAUAAGAAUCUAUUUAGACGACAUACUUUGUAAGUACAUUUACAAAAUUUUUCACUCUUAAUACUCAAGGUUAAAUAAUAGGUGUGCCAGUUUUAUCUGUUUUCAGUUAUUCUGCAACUUAACCUUUCUCCCUCAGUAGUGUUCCUAUAAAUUUUUCUGAAUAUUGUAUAGACUUUUGAGAUUGACAUGGAGUAUUUUCACCAUUAGUUACAGUGCACCAUUGUGAAAAGCUCCAAGGAGAUAUUCUGAUAAGUUUUUCAACAUUAAGAUUGUAACUGAGCUAGAGGCGUUAUUUUGAGAUCACUCAAGUGAAUCAACUGUAGUCAAAAGGACAUUACACUGGGGGCACUGAGCUUAUAAAUAUUGUUAUUGAUGUUGUGAGGAAAAGCCUUUGAGGAAAAGGGGUGGAAGAGCCUUGAUAGGUUUGUUAUGACUUUCACAUCAAGGAGCUUUAGGAGUCAAAUGAGAUUUAUAAGAUUAAGAAGCUUUUUCACUCAAUAGGAUCAUUUUUUGAGAUGAGCUUUCCAUUUUGACUUCUACCCGUAACUGGUUCAUGAAAUAGGACUGGAAUUAUGUGAAAUAGAAUCCAUAUGUGGAUCACCAAAUUUUUCCGUUGUUGAUGUUAACUGUGAAGUUCAUGUGUACAAACAGCAAACAAACAUGGAUGAAAUACAAUUCAAGUCUUCUAUGCUUAAUUUCCAUUAAUGCUCCAAUAGCUUUAUUGAAAUGGACAGUUAUAGCUUCUCCAUCUCAUGAACCAACCAGAUAGUUCAUGAGGAAGUUCGAGGCCACCGAUGAAAUCUUCAUAACCCAAAAACUAGGACAAUGUGAGUGCCUACCUCCUACUAGUUACAGUUUCAAGUUUCACACACAGAUUCUUAUUAUUAUCAGGGUGAUGAUGACUGUUAUCAUCAUCUAUUGUAGGAGAACUAGACAACAUUGUUUUACAUUCAUGUAGCAUUUUGAUAUGGCUAUUUGAGUUGGUGAGAUUCAAGUUGGGCCUAAUUAGAGAUAGUUCUCUCAAA